AGCGUGUUUUAGCAGCAGCAUAUAAAACCAUGUUACAUGCAUAUUUUUUUACAACAAUGACAUUGACUAACCUUUAAAAUAUUGGGAUCUACAUACCUCCAACUUCAUCUUGCGAGACAGGUUCAUCUUUUCAUGGUUUUCAAUUUCGUUGCAAAUUAUGGGAAACGACAAAAUAAAAUUGUCACCCACAAUAGCUGGGUACUCGAAAUGCUCGCAUAAGACGAGAGCGACAGUUAUUUCAUUCAUAUAUUGGGUGAUUUCAGGCAUAAUACUAAUCAGUCCUUGUCUAUCUAUCGCGUACGUCGUUUUGGAUAAGGAUGAACAAUUUUACGAAGCAGUACUAGAUGAGAACACGUCACUCGAGUUUAGACAAAAAUACAUUACAUUUUUUACAUCACUUUACAAUGCUGACAAAUCAGGGAUUUUAAUAACAAAUGAUUGGCCUUUAAUUAAUCGUUUCAUUUAUGGAUCGUGGACAUACUUAUUUGCAAUUUAUUGGAUCAUUCAAGUUGUCCUGUGUGCCAAGUUGAUGCAGGGAGUUGAGCAGGAAAAUUUUUGGAAAAUGAAUGCUUGGUACGAAGGUCAAAUGGGAAUUUUGAUGGCGUCAAGCGUUGCUUCAUUCUCCGUGCUCGGAUCUCGAAUAAUUUCACCUGAGCUAUUCUAUGUACUUGUCCUAAUCGCAGUUACAACAACCCUCUUGAACUGCUGGCUAAUUUACACAGUUUUCAGGUUUAUGCAGCAAGUAGGAGCCAAAAACGAUGAUAAACAGAAAGUUAAGCCAUUCACUCUUGCUGAUAAGUACUAAUAAGUACAAAAGUUAUACCAUAUGAGAUUUGGACAAAAUUGUACAAAAGUAUGUAAAGCGUAUGAAAUUAUGGAAAUGAAAUAAAUCACAAUAUAAUAUGGA